CCGAGAGAGAGAGAUAGAAGAAGUGAGAGGGAGAAGGGAAGGGAAGGAAGGGGUUUGGGAGGGACGAGGGAAGACGGAAGAGAGAUGGGACAUCUUCUUCCUAUCCGCCCGGACGAGGAGGAGGACGACGCCGAAUCGUGGAGCCUCAAGAAGCAGGCCCUGAUUCAGGACGCCGCCCGGAACCUCUUCAACGGAGGGCUGGAGCAGCGGAUUCAGGCGGCCAGGGACAUACGGAAGCUUGCCAGGUCCUCCGUCAGAACCAGAUCUAGCUUCGCGGCCGCCGGCGUCAUCCCCCCGCUCAUCUCCAUGCUCAAUUCGUCGGAGAUCGACGCCAAGGAGGCCUCGUUGCUCGCCCUUCUCAAUCUGGCCGUUCGCAACGAGCGGAACAAGGUCAAGAUCGUGAAAGCUGGAGCUGUUCCCCCACUUAUUGAGCUUCUGAAACUUGAAGACGGUGGUCUGAGAGAGUUGGCUACAGCUGCAGUUCUUACACUUUCAGCCUCUCCUGCCAAUAAGCCAAUUAUCACAGCUGCUGGGGCUGCUCCACUUUUGGGCCGAAUUCUCAACUCUGGAACUGUUCAGGGCAAGGUGGAUGCCGUCACUGCCCUUUACAACCUCUCCACGUGCACAGAGAAUCAAAUCCCCAUUCUUGACUCUGGGGCUGUCUUCCCUCUCAUCAGCUUGCUCAAGGAAUGCAAGAAGUACUCCAAAUUUGCAGAGAAAACUACUGCUCUGUUGGAGUCUUUGUCACAUACUGAAGAAGGAAUAAUUGCGAUCGCAUCAUCAGAAGGUGGGAUACUGGCAUUGGUGGAAACCAUUGAAGAUGGAUCGCUUGUCAGCACAGAGCAUGCAGUUGGCGCGUUGCUUGCCCUGUGCCAGAGUUGCAGAGAGAAAUAUAGGGAGCUUAUCCUACAGGAAGGUGCGAUCCCUGGACUCCUCCAGCUGACAGUGCAAGGGACAGCAAAGGCCCAACACCGAGCACGAGCCCUUCUCGAACUGUUAAGGGAUACCCGUGAGCCGAAGCCAUUGUCAUCGGCUGAGAUCGAGACUAUUGUGUAUGACAUUGCUGCCCGGGUUGAUGGUGCAGAGAAAGCAGCAGAAACUGCAAAGAGGUUACUGCAAGACAUGGUCAAGCGGAGCAUGGAGCUAAGCAUGAGUAGCAUUGAACAGAGGGCUUUCUCAUGCACGCCAUCUGAUUCAUCGUCCUCGUCAGAGAUGCCAUCUUCAUGAUCGCCAUCUACAUUCGUCGUUCUCAGGAAGGAGUCCCAGUGCCUAUGUAGCCAGCCCAGGCCGACAAUGGUUCGGUAUCAGGAGACUGGUAAAGGCAUGUACAUUUUUUUUUUUUCUGUUCUCAGUCUGCAGGCAGCCAUGUCAGAGUUUCCAUGUUGUACAUGUAUAGGAAAAUGCUGCUCUUUGGUUUGUCCACAGGAAUCUUAAGAUGUAGCUCUUGCCUGUUGAAAGUC